CAGGCUCCUGAGGUUGGACUGCCGUUCCCCACAAACGACUCUUCCAGUACUUUUCCUUUGUAAGGAGGGACAAAUGGGAGGGGGUGAGGGAGACGGAUAAAUGUGUGAAUGUCCACGUCGGAGUCACAUUCAACAGGGUCCAGGAUGGAGUUCAGAGGAGUUUCUGUUCUGCUGGGCGUCUUGCUGCUCAUCCACUGCUCACUGCAGCAGACUGCAACCAGGAAGAAGCCGGUGAAGAAAGGUACAUUGCAGGAUGCUGCUGUGGUGGAGCUGCAGAAACGGAUUGAUGAAAUCAUUCAGGAUCUGAACCUGCUGAAGGAAAAACAAGCUCUGCAAUCAGUUUGUUUAAGAGGUGAGAAGAUCCAUAAGAAAUGUUUCUUGGCCGACCCUCUGAAGAAGCGCUACCACACCGCCAGUGAGGACUGCAACUCCCUGGGCGGCGUCCUGGCUACUCCGUCCUCCAGCGAGGAGAACGACCGGCUCCGGGACUACAUCCGUCAGAGCGUCGGCCCGGACGGGCAGGUCUGGCUCGGCGUCAACGACAUGACCAUCGAGGGCCAGUGGAUGGACCAAACCGGCUCCAGCAUCACGUACAAAAACUGGGACGCGUCCAACUUCAGGUCUCCUCAGCCGGAUGGCGGCAAGUCGCAGAACUGCGGCGCCAUGUCGUUGACCGGCGGGAAGUGGCUCGAUGAAAACUGCCGCGAAGAAAAGCCCUCAGUCUGCGAGUUCAACAUAGUUUGAGCCAGAGGUGCAAAGAAAGAAAGUAAAAGUACUCAGUUACUGUACUUAAGUAGAUUUUCAGAUACUUGAGUAUUUAUCUUUCUUAUACUCCCCACAUUUUAAGAGAAAUAUCUGUACUUUCCACUCCUUAUAUUUUCACAUAUGAUGAAAAAAUAAUGACGAAAAAAAUCCACCGCUCACACAAAAAGUGUUAUAGUGUUGGUAUUUCAAAGCAGAAGCAGAACACGAGGAAAACAACAUGGAUGGAGGCUUUCACCUCGCCGUGAUUUCAUGUGGCCUUUAGUUAGAGUUAAAGUUAGAGUGAAAUAUUCACUGCCUUUCAAAAAAGAUACAGAGAAAGUCUUCUAAAUAUGCAAGGUACAACUCAAAUACUCAUUUAAUUAAAUUUCAUAGCAAGCAGAACCACAAACAUUCAGCAACUUUUACUCAGCAACAGAUGUUGCUUUUAGAAAAUUGAAGUAAACGCCAAUAAAAAAGGAAACGUUUUAGAAGAAUGGGCCACAUAUAGUCUGUUCUUGUUGCUAAAAAUACACUCAAAAAAUUCAAAGAUACCAGAAAAACCAUCAGUAGUUAAGAUAUUGCCUGUAUUUUUUGUUGUUUUAUCAAACUUGCUAGAUUUUACAUUUUAGAUCGACAAUUCCCGCUUGCUUUUCUACUGAAGUCAGACUUGUUUAUUUUAAUAAGCUAUUAUGUUGGAUUUUCUCCAAUUUUUUAGAAAAAUUGUUUAAAAAUCUACAUUUUGUGGCCCCCAGUUGCUUUCAGUUUGACAGUUUUUGGCCUUUAGGUAUAAAAUUUGUACACUGCAGCUUUAACCUGAGUAACAUCGUACACAAACAUUCGGAGAUGCAAAACAUUCUCCGUCUGUUGCCUCAUUUAAAAAAUCCUCCCAUGUUGUUGACUCAAAGAACGAUUAGUGACGAAUUCGCUGCUUUGUGCAAUUAAAUCACCCCGAUAGAGAUUUAGUUUGAACAAAAACUAGACCGUAUCAGUAUUUUUUUAAUCUUUAUGCCAACACAGAGCAUGUCGUGAACUCUUAAAAGUUAUGCAUUUUGUAUGACUAAAAGUUCUUACUUUUACUAGAGUUUUCUUUUAUAAAAGUAUCUGUACUUCUACUUGCGUAGAGGCUGAGUAUUUUUGCCACCUCUGGUUUGAUCCUGUUUAUCUCAACAUGAACUCUGCACUUUGUUUUAGCUGCUUUGUUUUUGCACUCUCCCUGCUACCUGCUAUCCUAAAGACGAGUUUAAACCAGUGAUUUUCAGCUGCAUCCUGACCAAAAUGACAUGUGGAGGUCACAGUGGGUUUUAUCUUUGACAAAAGUGAUGUGCUGGUAUGUCAUUUGCAGCGUUCCUUGUGGUUGCAGUAAAACCAGGAGGAAUACAGUCCAUUCUAUUAAAAAAGAAAAACAACUGAAUGCAGUUAAAAUGGCUUAUUUAAUACUCACUGAACAGAGUAUGUCCAGAAAAGGUGCUGGCAUCUUUUCUGGACAUAAAAUAUUGGUUAAGCAUCACAUUUUUUCCUCUUUUAAAUACUGAAUCAGUAGUCUGAGAACCGCUGGUCUAAACUGUAUUUAAAUGAAAAGACACAAAAACUGAGUAAGACUUUGUUUUAAAGCAAAUUGACCUUUUAUGUACCAGUCCUGUAUUCUUCUGUAAUAUCUUGUGUGAUUUAUUCUUUCAAUAAACUUUGAAUAUCAGUUUC